UUACAUGACACACAUAGAGAUUUUCCAUUUUGUGCCGAACAUCGAGUGCCCCCCAAUUCAAAGUUACCAAAACUAAUGACUACUUUGUAUAAUAAAGAAAAAUACGUCAUACACUAUCGCAAUUUAAAACAGGCUCUCAAAAACGGUCUCGUACUAAAGAAAAUUCACAAAAUAUUAAAAUUUAACCAAUCUCGUUGGUUGAAAUGUUAUAUCGAUCAUAAUAAUAAAUUAAGAACCCAAGCAAAGACAAAAUUUGGUAUAAAUUUAUACAAAUUGUUUAAUAAUGCCGCUUACGGUAAAACAAUGGAAAACAUUCGCAAGCAUCGUAUUGUUAAAUUUGUUAAAGCGUGGGAUGGUCGCUACGGUGCGAAAAAUUUAAUUUCUAGUCCUAGAUUUCACAGUAGAACCAUACUUGAUAACAAUUUGUUGCUUAUAGAAUUAAAAAAAUCGGAACUUUGCUUUAAUAAGCCACUUUAUAUUGGAAUGUCCAUAUUGGAUUUGUCGAAAACGACCAUGUACGAGUUUCAUUAUAAUUACAUGCUUCCAAAUUUGGGUCCCGAAAAAUGUAAAAUUCAAUACAUGGAUACGGACAGUUUCAUUUAUAAUAUCAAAUGUUAUGACGCAUAUGAAAGCGUUAUUAAGGCCGAUUUAACAAAAUUUGACACGUCUGAUUAUCCUAAUGACAAUCCCUAUAAUAUACCGCAAAUCAACAAAAAGGUUUUGGGGUUGAUGAAGGAUGAGACUAAUGGCACCAUCAUUAGUCAUUAUGCUGGGUUAAGGUCGAAAAUGUAUACUUUCAAAAUUUUAACGGGUUCGGUAGUUAAAAAGUCAAAGGGUAUUCAGUACAAUAUUGUAAAAAAUAAAAUUUCAUUUGAUGACUACGUAGAAUGCUUAACAAAUUUUAGGGAAAAGUACGCCACUCAACGAACCAUUCGUUCAUACACUCACAAUGUAUUUAGCAUCGAACAAACAAAAGUUGCCUUGAGUCCUUUAGACGAUAAACGUUAUCUUUUGCCGAAUUCAUAUGAAACGCUUCCGUGGGGACAUUAUAAAGUGCCGUAAUUAUUUUUUAAUAUAUUUUUGUUACAGAUUAUGGUCAAGCAACUUACAUUAGAAAGCCUUUGUAUUAUAACAAUUUGCGAAAAUAUUAGGUGUAGUGCUGAUUUUUUGCUUGAGUCACCUUUGCCUUGGAAACUAACGAUACUAAUAUUUAAAUAUUAUUCGAAAUAUAGAUGGAGGUACCUUAAACAACUAGCGCUCCAGUCUGAUGGCAAUUCUUUAUUAAAUUUAGAAUUCAUUCUGUUGAAUAAGAGAUUUGGAUCGUCUUACAGAAAUAGCAUUUUGGCAACUCCAACCAUUGAUUUUGACGGAGAAUCCGCUUACUGUUUAUGGGUCAGUUAUUACAGGAUAAAAUAUUCGGAAAUUUUAGUUUACUUUUAUUGGAUCACUAUCAUUUACAGCUGGAUAUAAAUAAUUUGAAUGAUGUAUAUCACGAUAAACAAUUUUGGUGUCAAAGCUGCUUUGAAGAAGUUUUGUUCACUGUAGAAACUGAAGAUGAAUGUAAUUUAAUGCUUCACGAUGAGAGAAAAUAUGGAAAAAAGUUACGCUUUUCUGAUAGCACAUUGAACUAUUAAUACUGUGGUUUUAUUAUAACAUAUGUAACUGUAGAUAAGGCUUUUAUGUAUUGAUUGUAUGCCAUUGUAUUGCAACAAGAAUAAACAUGUAUAUAUUUAGACGCUAUUUUCUUUUUUACCACCACCACAACACCGCAUAAUAAUUACACAGAAGUUUGUAAUUGUAUAAUUUAUUUAUUAUAUACAUUAUUACUAUUUUACAAUUUCGUUAAAUGCUAAAUUAUUAAAUUGUUCUAGUUUUCUUUUGCACUCUUGAGCUUGCAUCCGCGCCACUUGCAAGUCUGUA